CCAGUUCUUCACCAUUUUGAUUAUCCAAGGAAUUAAUUUCAGGCUUAACAUGGCUAGAAGCGAGCAAGAUCUCUUGUCAACUGAGAUUGUCAACCGUGGGAUUGAGUCCUCCGGGCCUAAUGCCGGCUCCUUAGCCUUCUCGGUCAGGGUUCGUAGGCGGCUCCCGGAUUUCCUUCAGUCAGUGAACUUGAAGUAUGUGAAGUUAGGGUACCAUUAUCUGAUCAGUCAUGGCAUAUACUUGGCUACCAUACCAGUUUUGGUGCUUGUGUUUAGUGCGGAGGUUGGAAGCCUUAGUAGGGAAGAGCUGUGGGAAAAGCUAUGGGAAGACGCUCGCUAUGAUCUUGCCACGGUGCUCUCCUUUUUCGCUGUCUUUGUGUUCACGGUUUCUGUCUACUUCAUGUCACGGCCUCGGUCCAUUUAUCUGAUUGAUUUUGCAUGUUACCGUCCUAACGAUGACCUAAAGGUCACUAAGGAUCAAUUCAUUGAAAUAGCAAGAAAAUCAGGCAAGUUUGAUGAAGGAAGUCUUGAAUUCCAGAAAAGGAUUCUGAAAUCAUCAGGAAUUGGGGACGAAACUUACGUUCCCAAGGCGCUCAUGUCUAGUGAAAACUGUGCAACCAUGAAAGAAGGUCGCCUCGAAGCCUCCACUGUAAUGUUUGGGGCACUCGAUGAGCUCUUUGAGAAGACCAGGAUUCGACCAAAGGACGUAGGAGUGCUUGUCGUGAACUGCAGCAUCUUCAACCCAACUCCAUCUCUCUCUGCAAUGAUCAUCAACCACUAUAAAAUGAGAGGAAACAUCUUGAGCUACAAUCUUGGAGGGAUGGGCUGCAGUGCUGGCAUCAUAGCGGUGGACUUGGCCCGAGACAUGUUGCAGGCAAACCCAAAUAACUAUGCUGUUGUAGUCAGCACUGAGAUGGUGGGCUACAAUUGGUACCCAGGCCGGGUCCGGUCCAUGCUUGUUCCAAAUUGCUUUUUCAGGAUGGGAUGCUCCGCCAUCCUCAUGUCCAACCGGCGUCGUGACUACAGGCGUGCCAAGUACCGUCUCGAACACCUUGUUCGGACACAUAAAGGUGCUGAUGACCGCAGCUUCAGGUCUGUGUACCAGGAGGAAGAUGAACACGGUUUCAAGGGGCUUAAGGUGAGCAAAGAUCUAAUGGAAAUUGGUGGCGAUGCCCUCAAAACCAACAUCACCACAUUGGGGCCUCUAGUUUUACCCUUCUCCGAGCAACUCCUCUUCUUUGGUACAUUAGUUUGGAGGCAUUUUUUUGGUGGGGAUAAUUCAAAAGCCUCAUUAUCACCAUCGUCAAAGCCAUACAUCCCAGACUACAAACUUGCAUUCGAACACUUUUGUGUGCAUGCCGCGAGCAAGACUGUGCUAGAUGAGCUGCAGAAGAACCUUGAGCUCAGUGAGAAGAACAUGGAAGCCUCCAGGAUGACCUUGCACCGCUUUGGUAACACUUCUAGCUGCAGUAUAUGGUAUGAAUUGGCAUAUUUGGAAGCUAAAGAAAGGGUCAAAAGAGGAGACAGGAUUUGGCAGAUUGCCUUCGGUUCUGGGUUCAAGUGCAACAGCGUGGUUUGGCGUUCCAUGCGCCGUGUGAGGAAGCCUUCCAGGAAUAAUCCCUGGCUUGACUGCAUUGACAGAUACCCGGUGGCACCUUAAGUUAUGUUAUGGCUUGGUUGAUAAUCAAUAAUGGGCGAAUUUUCUUUUCUUUUUUUUCCUCUUGUUUAUUUCUUAACUUCUAUCACAUGGAAUAGGACAAGCACUGGAAGUUUGGGAUAUGGCAUAUUAUUUUGAAACGUUUCUCGAUUAAUUUAAUUGUAUGAAAAAGUUGUUGAAUUAUAGUUAGCGGCUACCCUAAGACUGGUACUCUUCUUCA